AUGAAAAAAAUAAUAACACUUGAUAUAAGAGAACAAUGUCUACAUGUUGAUUACUUUAACCAAAAAAUCAUGAAGCAUUGGCCUAGAGAAUCGAGGCAAAAAAUUCUAAAAGAAGCAAUGAAGUUAUCAGUGUGGGCUGAACGAUCAAUUCAUCCUAAAACCAAGCAUGUGGGAUUUCGGUUAAUAGGAGAAAAGCCAGCUAUUGCUCAGAUCAAAGCAUUUAUUCAUCAGGAAUUUCUUGAAGAAUCUAGCCAUUUACCAAAGAGAAGUUUAACUUCAGAUAAUGUUCCUAGAAGAGGAACUGUUGAUUUCAUGAGGUAUGCUGCAGACAGUGAUGAGCUUUUCCCCUCGUACUGGAGUCUAAAUAAGUCUAAAAAGUUUUGGAGUAAUUUACAAAAUAAAAUUUCUGGAAAGUCGAAAAAACUUUUAGUUGAAGUGGAUAAAGAAACGAAGGAUGCAAUUACAAAGCUCGUUACUCAAACAUUGGAUAUAGGUCUUGUUGGGCAGGGUAAUGAUGCAGCUGGAAUAAAUUAUUCCAGUCUUAAAGUUCUUGAUGUUAAAAUAGUUGAAAACGCUGAAAUGUUUGAACUGUAUCGAGUUCAAAGAAAAAGGCUAUUUGAUAAAAUGGUUAGGAAAGGAAAAAUCUGCCAAGAUAUUGGAAAACUUAGAGGCUCAAAAGGACGAGUGUGUACAACAGAGCUACUAAGUGAUUCAAUGAAAAAAGAACUUUACUAUGAAGUGAACGAGCAUUAUUUGUUCCAUGGUACAAAAUCUGAUACAAUAGAAGCCCUUAUU